AGAAAUGGCGCCGCCGGCGGCGGAGGCCGUGGCGAGUGUGGUGUUCACCGCUACGUGGUACUCGGGCGCCGACGACGUGCGCUGCCUUGCGGCGACGGAGACGCUGCGAGCGCUCGUGGCGGCCGGGCUGCCUGUUGUCGUUGUUGACGCCUCCCCGGCGGCGGCCGUCCGUGACUUGCUCUCUGCCACCGGCGCCAUCGUGUCGGAGCAGAAAGCGGUGGGAAAGAAAGGAGCUGCGUUGCGGGAGGCUGUGGCGAUCGCAUCUGCGCUGCCGGGAGUGGUCGCGGAGACGUGGCUCUGCUGGCAGGAGCCUGAGAAGACCGACAUGGCGAGGCACUGGGCGACGGCCCUGGACGCUGCGAAGGAUGCCGACGUCCUCGUACCGAGGCGGGAGUCGGCCAAAUUUGCCGCAACGUACCCGAUCGAACAGGUCCACUCGGAGACCUACGGCAAUCUCUACCUCGACGCCGUCGCCAGGACGCACUGUGACGCGCUGCCGUCUCUCGACUGGCACUUCGGGCCGUUUGCCUUCCGCGCUCGCCACUCUGACCUCUGGACCCGCUUCGGUGGCCCGAUGUACGACGCCCAGGUGGUGCCCCUCGUGCACGCCGUGCGCAAGGGGCUGCGGCUCGCCUCGGUGGCGGUGGCGUUCGAGGCCCCCGCCGCCAUGAAGGCGCAGGAGGAGGGCGACGUCGGCUUCAUCGAGAAGCGUCUCGCGCAGCUCAACUCGCUCGACCCGCUGGUCAAGGCGGCCUGGACCGACAGCCCCUACUGCUGAGAGGAGCUGUUGAGCGCGCGACGACCGAUGAUUCAUUUCAACGGGCCGCACCCUGGACGAAGGGGUGCAUAGACAGUACAACGAACCA